AUGGCCAACCUCACCAUGAUCACAGGAUUCCUGCUCAUGAGCUUUUCAAAUACCUGGGAGCUACAGGUUUUACAUAUCAUGCUCUUCUUACUGAUCUACUUGGUGGCACUGAUGGGGAACAUGCUCAUCUUUAUCCUCAUCUCUGUGGAUGUGCACCUUCACACCCCCAUGUACUUCUUCCUGAAGAACCUAUCCUUUUUAGAUCUUUGUUUCAUUACUGUUACUGUCCCCAAAUCUAUAGCAAAUUCUCUCAGCCAUAGUUACUCUAUUUCUUACUUAGGAUGUGCAACACAGGUCUUUUUAGGGAUUUUAUUUGCAGCAUCAGAGGUUUUUAUCCUCACAGCUAUGUUCUAUGACCGCUAUGUGGCCAUCUGCCAGCCCUUGCACUAUGAAAUGAUAAUGAAAUAUGAGUCUUGCAUGAAGAUGGCAGUUGCUUCCUGGCUUACUGGAGGUAUAAUUGGUCUAAUGUAUGCAGUUAGCACAUUCUCCUUGCCUUUCUGUGGCUCCAAAGAGAUCUGCCAAUUCUUCUGUGAUGUCAAUUCCUUAUUCAGGAUUGCCUGCUCUAAGACAUACGUUGCAGUUGAUGUGACUAUAGCUAUUGGGAGUGUUUUAGUAAUUCUCUGCUGUAUCUUUAUAGCUGUCUCUUAUAGCCAAAUCUUCUCAGCUGUGAUAAAGAUUCCAACCACAGAGGGUCAGUCAAAAGCCUUCUCCACUUGUCUGCCCCAUCUCAUCAUUCUUACAGUCUUUGUGACAACUGGAGCCAUGGCUUAUCUAAAACCACCUUUGGACUCUGAUACAAUUGUGGAUCUAUUGUUGUCUGUGUUGUAUACUAUGGUGCCACCAACCCUGAACCCUGUUAUUUACAGCCUGAGAAACAAGGACAUGAAGCCUUCCAUGAAGAAGCUCAUAGCCUAG